UAGGAAUCAAACAAAUUGAGGUGGAUCCCAUCCACACUCAUUUGAUCAUUAAGUCAAAAGAACUAUUCUCACCUUCCCUCACCCCUCACCCCUGCGGCCAGAACCUCAAGAAAAGAAGCCAAGAAAAUUCUCCAUCUCCUUUCUCCAUUGUUGAAGGGAGCUCAACAAGAAGGAAUCCCAAGAAAAGGAGCUAAAGUGCUAAAAGUGUGAAAAGAUUAAGGAACUUGUGAAAGGUAUUUCAAGUGAUUUCACAAGUUGGUAAAGUCGCCGGAGUUGUCGCCGGAGUUGACCGAAAGUCGCCGGAGUUUCACCGGAGUUCCACCAAGAGGGGUAGAACUUCAUAACGCUAGUUCAAGGUUGAAGCUAGGGCUUGCUACCUGCACCUUUCUACGGGUGACAUCAAAUCAAGGAAGACGUGAAAUGGAGGGCAGGCGAAUGCGGACCAGGAACAAUCCGAGGGGGCAGGCGCCGGUAACAUCCCAAAGGGGAAGCCGGGCUGCAUCUCGGGGUUCAAGAGGAGGCCGUGGAGGCCGUGGAAGCCGUGGAGGUUAUCAAGCUCAAACUGUGAGUGAUGGCCAUGUAAGCUCGGUGUAUGAAACCAACACCGAGGACUAUGACUCUACGUAUGUUCCUGAGACAGAGCAUGAGGAGACCCCAUAUGAUGGGGGUGACACAUACACCGAUGAGGACAAUGAUGAAAGUGAUGCCCGUUUCGCCCAAAUGGGUGAAUUACUUGAGUGGUAUCAAAAGGAGAAACUGAGGAGAGACCUUAGGCGCCAAGCGAGGCGUGGCUCUCGUGGUGGUUCGGGUCAAGGGAGCCGGGGAGCUUCCGUGGCCACCCCAGCGGCGUCACAAGGUGGGCGUGAAGGAGGUUUUGUUGUGAGAAUCUCCAAGUACCUCAAGGAGGCUAGGGCCUUGGGGUGUAGGUCCUUUGACGGCACCGGUGACAUUACCGUUGCCGCCGAUUGGAUUAAGAAGGUGAAGGAUGCAUCAAGAGACAUGCAAAUCACACCGGAUGUGAAGUUGACUGUCGCUUCACGGCUACUUGAAGGGAUGGCUUCUACAUGGUGGGAAGGUGUAGAAGGGAAAUACCGUGGGGACAUCUCAUGGGAAAAUUUUGAGCAAGAAUUUUAUGCUCAAUACUACUCCGAUUUCGAGGUUAAUGUGAAAAGGAGGGAGUAUACCAACCUCAAGCAGAAAGAGGGUUGCACGGUUAAGCAACUGGAGCAGGAGUUUAGGACCUUGGCUAGGUUCUUACCGGAGUAUGCGAUCGAUGAGGACCGCAUGACUGAGCACUUCUGGGAUGCCCUACUCUUGGACAUCCGAGAUCGUGCCACGUAUUCCCGCCUCAUGACCUUUAGUGAGGUGGUAGAGCAGGGCAUGCUUGGAGAGGCCCAAUGGAACGAGAGGAAAGCAAGGGACGCCGAAGAGGCGAAGAAGAGGAAGUGGAAUAAUUCGGGGCCACCCGAUCAUUCUCGAAGGAACAACCACGGGGGUGGUGGUGGCGGUGGUUCAUUCAAGACGCCGGCUCCACCGGCAAAGAAGAAUAGGGAUGCGAGGUGGCACGGACCUAGGCCACAGAACUCGGGGCCACCUAGAUGCCCCAAUUGCUCAAAACAACACUUUGGGAAGUGCAAUGAACCACCGAGGUGUUUUAAGUGCGGGAAUGCGGGCCAUAUGAAGGCCAAUUGCCCUCAAUUGAUGCAAGAGAGUGCCUCGGGAGCCGGGGGAGGGACCAUGACGGGAAGGAACCGUGCGGGACCGUCAAACGGCGGCACGGGAAGAGGCGGCGCAUCCACAAGCCAUGCCGCAUCCGUCAACCAAGGUGGGACCCAAGCCCGAGUGUACGCGAUGACCGAGGCGGAUGCGAGAGCAAACCCGGACUCCGUUGCAGGUUGAAGCUAGGGCUUGCUACCUGCACCUUUCUACGGGUGACAUCAAAUCAAGGAAGACGUGGUUCGUGCUUCCUCAUUUUAUUUCAAAUUACCAAACAUUGCUCAUGGAUGUUUUUAUUUGUCAUAAACUAUUCUUUUGGGGCUUGCAUGCCCAUGUUAUUGGCCGGUUGUGGCUUAUGACUUACCGUUGAAUAUUUCCGCUAUUCAUUGGUUUAUAUGGGAUGUUGUUAUGUAUGUUUACUACUGAGUAUGGAUGGAUUAUUUUCUCGAACGCCUUGUGUAAUCAAGUGAGGUUGACUCGCGGGUGACGUCACUUGAUUAUACGGCGGUUGUACACGCGCUUGGAUUGCGGUCUGGGGCGUGACACAGCGGUCACUUAUCAGGGCGGCAGUAGUCACUGGACAGGAUGGCGACAGUCACUAGACGGGAUGCCGGCAGUCACUGGACGGGAGCAAGUCACUGAACGGCGGUCACUAUGACCAGAGCAAAUCACUACGCGGUGGUGCGGCAAGACUGCUGGUGACGCCGGUGGUAACAGUGGCGGUUGCUGUUUAUGGCCGGAGAAACUCUUUCCAAUUUUUUAGUAUUAAAAUUCAUUAUCAUUAAAAGAUAUAUCUGGACAUCUGGUGCUAAACGGAUUGGUGUGCAACCGAUUAAUGCCCUUCUACCUGGGUGUGCGAAUGGUUUAGUGUAUAAUAGUUGUAGUCAUAUAUUUGGAUUUUUGAAACUUAACUCACUUUAUUAGAAAUCCAUUAAUUAAUAGUAAUAUA